AUGUCCAGUGGAAUAAGAUUGGACAUACAUAAAGACAAGUGGAACCAAACCGAGGGAAUAAAAUGUGAAACUUAUAAUAUCCAUGGCGGAUAUCAUUCUUACAAGUAUUAUUCUGAGCCAGGAAAGGGCAAGCCUUUUGGUCUCUCUGCUAUCUUGUACGAUGGAGAAUUACUAUCUGGAAUCCUGCCAUACCCUGUCCCAGUUAAUUAUCUGUUCACAUAUUUUAAUAAUAGUUGGACAAAGCUCCUUGGGUUACAUCUGCAAAGAAACGAUACUCAAACCUACUUCCUAAAUCCAGACACAGAUAGAGAUAUAAAAUACGUAACAUUCACUGAAUUUACGAUCCAUUCUACUAGUUCACUGGGAAAUCGUGAGCUAUGGGAUGUACUAGGAAAUGUAGAAGCUGAUAAUGGAUUCAAUCUCGGUAUACUUGGUAGUAGUAAUAAUAGUAUAGCAAAGAAACUCGUUGAAAGUAACACCUAUGUUAUAUUCGACCUUGGGAAAACAAGUAAAAAAUACAACUCUGAAAUUACUAAUGAACAAGUAACUGUAACAUCUGGUGGUAAAAUAGCCAAUACAUAUCCAAAGAUUCAACAUGCUCCUACUACAGAACCAUUUUAUAUAAAGGGUCUUAAGAGUCCAAAAGGUCAAUAUAUAAAGGUUAAGGGAGGCUUUCCAAAUGAGCCCCUGGAUGGAUCUGUGAAUGUAUAUUAUAAAAGUGUUGGUAAUACCGAUCCACUACUGAUAGAACUGAAACUAAAGACUCUAGCUUCUGACAUUGGAGGUUAUAUCAUCAGUAAGUACUACAUUUCUAAAACCGCUAAUGGAUUAGAAUGGGAUAUUCAUAAAGUUGCAGGUGUUGGUAUAGGUGACAGCGAUCUUAAAGCAGUACUUGAGUAUCUAUCUUCCGAAAAUAAGCUUGACAUUGACAGCCUACCUCCUACAGUAAGUGGUAAGUUGAAGGACCUUACCAAGGAUCUUGAAAUUGAUUUGACACGAACUACAGAAGAUAAAGUGGGAGAUACAAAAUCUUAUACUUCUAAUGGAGUAAAUAUUCCUUACAUUAAAGAGAAAAAUCAGGUACAUGGGUACUGGGUAGUUAGACACGCCAAUGCAUUUCUGAGUUUUUCUGUAAAGAGCAUCAAGACAGGUUCAGGUGGUAAUAUAACCGGAAAUAAUCUUCCUCCUUCUGGCACCUUGCUUGGUGGAUUAUAUGCCUACUACGCUGAUUCAUCUUACAACAAGUUAGUGCUCAUAGAACUUAUUGGCUUCCAUAAUCCUGAUCUCAGUGGAUAUCCCAUCUAUGUCUACUACUAUUAUAAAUACAAAGGUCCUAAAUGGGAAGGCUAUAUUCUUAGUACAACUGUGAAUAAUAAUGCGAGUGAUAUCUCCAAAGUUAUUACACAUGUUAAAGAGAAUGGUGGAAAGAUAAAUCUUAAAAAGCUUGGGGAUCGAGGUCUCACCAAUAAACUCACCAAGUAUAGACCAGAUGAUACAGGACUUAAAGAAGAGGUUGACAAUGAAGAUAGUGAUGAAUCUCUACAUUCUCCGCAGUCUGGUUCUAAACCUUCUUCUGGACUUUCUGGAGGAGAGAUAGCAGGAAUAUCCAUUGCAAGUAUCGGUGAACUCAGGAAACAUGGUAACAAUAGCUUACCAAUUUGUGCUCAAGAGACCACAAAAGUGGACCAAGAAGCACUACAAGUACGUUCUGAAGGUGAAAAACCUGAAGAUCUAGGACAAAUACAACAACGUGCUGAAGAGCUACGUUCUGGAGUAGAAUCAGGACAAAAACUAGAAUCUGGUAAAGAUGGUGCUACUGGUGCUAGAAGCAGUGCUGCUAUUCCUGAUGGACCUCAAGAACAAGGUGCUGGAGAUUCUGUCGGUAAUGCUGCUGGUGGAGAUAGUCUAUCUAGUGGAGGUGAAGAAGGACCUGGUAAAGAUGGUUCUAGUGGUAUAGAUGAUGCAACUGAAGGCCCUGAAGGAGAUACUAAUAGUCUAUCUGAACAUAAAGCUGCUGGAGAUACUCCAUCUCCUAAAUCUAGUCCUGAAACUACUACUCCUAUUAUUACUGCUCUUACUACUACUACUACUACUACCCCUGCACAUUCUACUGUCCCUCCUGAUACUCCUCAAACUGCUAAAUUUUUUGGUAUUCCUGUUGCUAGCGCUGCUGGCAUAGGAUCAAUCUUCGGAACAUCCUCUGACAUUCCCUUUGGACCGCUCUCUCCCGUUAGAGACCCCUCUACUACUACUACUACCAUAUAUCUGCUCUUUAAUGAGUGA